AUGUCUCAAUAUUCAAUAUUAUUUUUAAUACAGUUGUUAGUUUCGGUACACUGCUUUAUUCACCGGUAUCCGAAGUUAAAUCUUGACGAUCAAGAUGAUGGGGAUUCCGGAUCACCCUUAUUUCUCACACCUUAUAUUGAAAGUGGUAAUAUUACAAUUGGCAGACAGCUAGCGCGAGUGCCCUUUACGGAGAGUUUACGAAUAAAAAGUUAUGCCGGCUUCUUUACUGUGAAUAAGAAAUAUGAAUCAAAUCAAUUCUUUUGGUACUUCCCUGCAAUGGUACCUAAUAAAAAAGAUGCUCCAGUAAUAGUAUGGCUACAAGGUGGACCUGGCGCUACCUCAUUAUAUGGUCUUUUUACUGAGAACGGGCCACUGAGAGUAAGAAACGGAAAAUUUGAACGUCGGAAGUAUAAUUGGGCACUUAGCCACCACAUCAUUUAUAUUGAUAACCCAGUUGGUACUGGGUUUAGUUUUACAAAAGACCCUAAAGGCUAUUGUACCAAUGAGACACAGGUUGGUGAACAACUUUAUGCUACUAUCAUUCAGUUCUUCCAGUUGUUCCCAGAAUUGCAGCCAAAUAAAUUUUUCAUCACUGGAGAAUCCUAUGCUGGCAAAUAUGUUCCAGCCUUUGCUUAUACAAUUUAUAAAAAAAAUCCUGAGGCAAAGAUUAAAAUAAAUUUAAAAGCUAUUGCAAUUGGCAACGGUCUUAGUGAUCCUGAACACCAGCUUGUUUACAGUAAAUAUUUGUAUCAAAUUGGUCUUUUAGAUUGGAAUCAGGCCAAAAUUUUUGCGGACUAUGAGAGCAAAGCUGUUGACUUCAUAAAACAAAAGCAAUGGGAUCAAGCAUUUGAGACUUUUGACACACUUUUGAAUGGGGAUUUAAUUGAUGGUCAAAGUGUAUUCUUUAAUAUGACAGGAUUUAAAUUCUACUUCAACUUUUUGCACACAAAAGAUUAUAUGGGCUUUGAAGAUUUUGGACCAAUGAUACAGAAGAGUAUUGUGAGGAGAGCUAUACAUGUUGGUAAUUUGACAUUCCAUGAUGGUCAUGAUGUUGAAAAACACUUAAAGCAAGAUAUAAUGCAAUCAGUAGCUCCAUUGAUAUCUGAACUUCUUGACCAUUAUUAUGUUGUUGUAUAUAAUGGACAGCUAGAUAUAAUUGUCGCUUAUCCUUUAACUCUCAACUAUCUAAAGAACCUCAAUUUUACUGGAUCUGACGAUUAUAAAACUGCCAAGAGGUAUCAGUGGAUUGUUGAUGGGGAGUUGGCAGGAUAUGUUAAACAGGCUGGUAAAUUGGUAGAGAUCAUGGUAAGGAAUGCUGGACACAUGGUCCCCGGAGAUCAGCCUAAGUGGGCUUUAGAUAUGAUCACUCGUUUGACUCAUGAAAAAACCUUUUAUUGA